AUGCAUUUUCCUUAUCUCUCCCUCUCGCUCAGUCUCUCUCUCCCCCUAUCUGUGUCUGUAGUGUUGAAUCUCCAAUGAGGUUUUGGGAUUGAAACAAUAACUAACAUGAACUCGCUGAUCUCAACGCCUCUCUGCAAUAUGCGCAUUGCGAAGUUCCCCUCAACUUCUUGUUCGAUUCCCCACAGCGUUUCAUUGCAUUCUCAGUUUCUGUACAAACCUUUCCAAUGUCGUGCAAAUCCAAGCGACUUAAUCGAUUCAAAGACAGCCCAAGAACCCGAACAAGAGCUAUCAAAUGGAGCGACCGAGAUAGAUGAAGAAACUGACAUAGCAAGCAAGGUUUCAGCUACAAAAGCAUCAAGUGGUCCUAAAAUCGACCAAGACCUCAAAAAGGUUGUUCAAAAGACAGCUUCCACUUUUGCACCGAGGGCUUCCACUGCUACCAAAAACCCUGCUGUACCGGGAUCUACAUUAUACACUGUUUUUGAGAUCCAAGGAUAUGCCUCAAUGCUACUUGGCGGGGCUCUCUCAUUCAAUCUCAUAUUCCCAUCAAAUGAACCAGACAUUUGGAGACUUAUGGGCAUGUGGUCUGUGUGGAUGUUCACGAUUCCUUCCCUUCGAGCCAGAGAUUGCUCAAAGAAUGAGAAAGAAGCCCUCAACUACCUCUUCCUCCUCAUCCCAUUGCUAAAUGUUAUUAUCCCAUUCUUUUGGAAGUCAUUUGCGGUUGUGUGGUCUGCAGAUAUCGUGGCCUUUUUUGCGAUGUAUGCGUGGAAAUUUGGAUGGCUACAGAAACAGAAUAGUAGUUGAAUGAUAUAUUUUCCUUCAGUUGGAUGAAGCAGCCGAUUUUAUCCCUAUUAGCUCUCCAACUUCUUGCCUCAUGACCAAUUCCAGGUCUGAUGCAAUUCGAGCCACAAGAAGAUAAGCAACUUACUACCAAAAAUGAAUUGGUGGAGGAGGACAGGGCCCUUAUCUUUGCUUCUACUAAAUCAAGUUCCCUGCCAAUCCUUUGUAUUAAUGUAUUGGAAAGAAAUUUCGAGUUUGUUAUUCCUUCUUACAUAAGGUAGAUAAUGGGCUUGACAUUGACGGCACACAUGCUACAAUUUGAAUGUACAAUUACAAUACGGUAUAAAAGCAGUUCUAAAAGUCUCGAGAGAUUUUGGAA